AUGACCAUAAGGCUGUUCAGAUAUGCUCUUCCGCGCUCAGUUCCCUCUCGUUUUGUUGGUCAUCCUUUCAAAUUCUCUUCAAGAUUCAUAUGCUCCGAGAAUAACCUUGUUACAUUGGUAGACCCAGAACUGAGAUUCCCAGAAAAUGAAUCUUUUCAACAAGAAAAGAAGAUGGUUAUCUCCAAAGAUGAGAUUAGUAAGUUUUCAGAUGAUGCUUUCUUGGUUAUAAAUGCAAUAAGGAAGGGUAAUGAUGGGUUUGGAGAGAGAACUGAGAGAGUUGUUAGGCAUUUUAGGGAAAAGCUCAACCCUGGUUUAGUGGUUGAUGUGUUAAGAAAUAUACAGAACCCUGAACUGGGUGUUAAGUUUUUUAUGUGGGCUGGUAGACAAAUUGGCUAUGUGCAUAAUGCAUCAGUUUAUGAUGCUUUGUUGGAUGUAAUAGGGUGUGAUGUCCCAUUACAUUUUGUUCAAGAUAUAGGAAAAGAUGAUAGGGAAGUGCUUGGCAAGUUGCUUAAUGUGUUGAUAAGCAAGUGUUGCAGGAAUGGGUUGUGGGAUUUAGUUGCAGGUGUUUCUGCAAGUAAAUAG